GUCGCCCCCAGAGUAGCCGUAGCCCAACUCAGUGUCGAGAAGGAGGAGAGCGGCCGCCAUGGACAAUCGAGUGAGAUCUCCCGGACGAAACUUGAAGCCAUGCCGGUCGGCGGGCCGGCGACGGUCGGUCAAGCACUCCUCGUUUGGUUGUUUUCGUGGCCGCAUUCGCCGAUUUGCGCCCAACCACCAAGCACCAUGGCCGUAGUCGCCGACCACGAGCUCACCGCCGUGUGCCAGUUCCUCAACGAGCUGAGCCUCGACGAGAUCUACCGGCUGGACCUGGCCACCUGCGACGACGCAGCCCCGGCCUCGGACGAUAGUGUCUGCAGCGACGACGAGACGGACUCCUCCUCGUCCACCGUGACGGGCGUCACCACCGAUGAGGGCAGCGACGUUGAAGACCCACCGAGAUCCGUCGCUCUCGCGUCUUCAAGGAAGCGCGCGGCCGGCCAACCCUCGGCCACCGAGUCCCCGACCAAGAAGAAGCGCGUGCCCAAGUCGGAGCUCCAGCGCGCGCGCCAACGGGUCUACGACAAAAAAUCCCGGUCCAAGAAGCAGUUGUCGCACAAGGCCCUGUGCGAGACGUUUGUGCCCGCGCUCGAGCUCUUCGUGGAGCUGAUGGCGAAGCGCGUGGGGCAGACCGAGGUGGUGCUCCGAUUGCUGCGCCUCGCAGACGAGAGCGAAGGCGUCAGUGCGCCGCCCCCCGCUCACUUCCAGCAAUGGUCGGUGAACGAAAGAGCGAUCAAGUUGAGCAACGAGUGGCUGCUCAAAUGGAGCGAGAACAGAUCGACCGAGACGGGCAAGUUCUUCAUGCGCGGGCAGGCCAAGGAGAUCGAGCUGGAGAUGGAAAGGCUGGCGGCGGUUGGCGAGCAGUUAGCUUCUGUCCAGGCCGAGCUGCGGUGGCGACUCGGAGGACCGACGCUCACCUUUACGUUUUAGUCUUGUUUAGUUUCUCAUGUACUACGUAGUUGUGCAAUUUUAACAAAUAUUUACGUCCGUCAUCUGC